UUUACGUCCCAUCUGAGGAGUCGUUGCUGCUGCUGCUGUUUCUUCUGGUGGUCGAACUGUGACCUGCUGCAGCUUAGUUUGUAUAUAAAGAUCGUGUCCGAAAUAAUAUGAGUUUAAUCUGAAAUUGUAGACGUUUACGUCCCCCGACGAGGCCGAACGUGGUGUGAGUUGACAGGGGCCAUGACAGAUUAGACUAAUUUUGACAGCAUUCAAGAGCUGGGGGGGACUUUGGUGCUACUAACGUUAGCUAGCAAAGCAACUUAGCUUAGGCGCUUUGAAUCUGCCUUACUGCCACGACAGGUAUUAUGCAAAUUCUUGCCAAGUUGUUUGUGUGUGUCGCUUCUUGUGUUGUCUUCCUGGGCCGUGCAGCCCUCUUCAUAUCGCUGUGCUUUCCUGAGUUUGUUGUCUGGCGUUGGCGUUAGCCGUCAGCUGUCGUUGACUGCUGCAGACUGUUAGCUCAUGUGUAGCUAUAGUUAUUGCCUCCCAGUGGUGGAAAAAGUGUUCAGAUCUUUAAACGGUUAAAUGUCUCUAAAGGAAAACCCGGAUUCCUGUGGUAGUUUGAGAUCCUUGACGGAUUCCGGUGGCAGCAUGGCUCCCAAAGACAUCAUGACGAAUUCCCACGCCAAAUCCAUCCUCAAUGCAAUGAACUCUCUACGCAAGAGCAACACGCUCUGUGACAUCACUCUGAGGGUGGACAGCACCGAUUUCCCGGCUCACCGGAUCGUCUUGGCCGCCUGCAGCGACUAUUUCUGUGCCAUGUUCACCAGCGAGCUUGCAGAAAAGGGGAAAUCUUUUGUCGACAUCCAGGGACUCACGGCAUCAACUAUGGAGAUCCUGUUGGACUUUGUGUACACAGAGACGGUGCUCGUCACCGUGGAAAAUGUGCAAGAGCUGCUCCCUGCAGCAUGUCUGCUUCAGCUUAAAGGAGUGAAAAGGGCGUGCUGCGACUUCCUAGAGUCUCAGCUCGAUCCGUCAAACUGCCUGGGGAUUCGGGACUUCGCCGAAACUCACAACUGCCUCGACCUGAUGCAGGCCGCAGAGCUCUUUUCCCAGAAGCAUUUCUCCGAGGUGGUUCAGCACGAGGAGUUCAUGCUCCUGAGCCAGACAGAAGUGGAGAAGCUCAUAAAGUGCGAUGAAAUCCAGGUGGAUUCAGAGGAGCCUGUGUUUGAGGCCGUGUUGAACUGGGUGAAGCACAACAGGAAAGAGCGAGAGCCCUACCUCCCAGACAUGCUGGAGUUUGUCCGCAUGCCGCUCCUUACCCCCCGCUACAUUACAGAUGUCAUUGACGCUGAGCCUCUCAUUCGAUGUAGUCUGCCUUGUCGAGACCUCGUUGAUGAGGCCAAAAAAUUCCACUUAAGACCGGAGCUGAGGAGUGAGAUGCAGGGUCCUCGCACACAAGCCAGAUUAGGUGCCAAAGAAGUCCUGCUGGUUAUAGGUGGCUUCGGCAGCCAGCAGUCGCCAAUAGAUGUAGUCGAGAAAUAUGAUCCCAAAACCCAGGAAUGGAGCUUUCUGCCUAAUAUCGCCCGUAAAAGGCGCUACGUUGCCACUGUGUCGCUACACGACCGAGUUUACGUGAUCGGAGGCUACGACGGUCGGUCGAGGCUCAGCUCGGUGGAGUGCCUGGACUACACCGCGGACGAAGACGGCGUUUGGUACACCGUCGCCACCAUGAAUGUACGCCGCGGCCUCGCUGGGGCCACGACCCUGGGAGAUAUGAUCUACGUUGCCGGUGGCUUCGAUGGCAGCCGUCGGCACACCAGCAUGGAGCGAUAUGACCCCAAUAUCGACCAGUGGAGCAUGCUGGGAGAUAUGCAGACUGCUAGAGAAGGCGCUGGCCUGGUAGUGGCCAGUGGGCUGAUCUACUGUCUAGGUGGUUAUGAUGGACUAAAUAUCCUAAACUCAGUGGAAAGAUACGACCCACACACGGGUCAUUGGACCAGUGUGACACCCAUGGCCACGAAGCGGUCAGGGGCUGGUGUGGCGCUACUUAACGACCACAUUUAUGUCGUGGGAGGGUUUGAUGGCGUUUCACACCUCGACUCGGUGGAGGUUUACAACAUCAGGACAGACUACUGGACCACUGUGGCUAGCAUGACGACGCCACGGUGUUAUGUAGGAGCUACUGUCCUCAGAGGACGACUCUACGCCAUCGCCGGAUACGACGGGAACUCCCUCCUCAGCAGCAUCGAAUGUUACGACCCGGUUAUCGACUCCUGGGAGGUCGUCACCUCCAUGGCAACCCAGCGGUGCGACGCGGGAGUCUGCGUUCUGCGAGAGAAGUAAUCCCCUGGUCCAGAAGAAGGACGAACACAGGAGGACAGGCAGCUAGACGUUUUCUAAAAUGUCACUACUAACAGAACCACGAAGGAAAGGAUGCUAAGUUUCCAGAAUAUGCAAGCAGAGGGUUGGGACUGCGCUACAGAGAUUGAGACUUUGCGUCACUUUCAAGGAGCCCAUCUCCACUUGCAUGAGUCUGCAGUGGUGUCUGUUGUCACAUGUGAGAUUAUUUUUUCAGAAGUGCAAUAUAUUUUUACCCAUCAAAAGAAAAACUGUGGAGCUGAUUAAGACUCCUGCUGCUAUUUGCCUUAUAACUUUCACCUGCAUCAAACACGUUGCCUCCCAUCUGACUGAUAUUACAUUGUCUUAUUAUGGAGUGAACUGAUUCAGCAUAUGCAUGCUCAUCAGUGCGCAAUAAUGAAAAUGGGACUUUUAGAUGGAAAUCGCUUUGACACAAGGUUUAUUUCUUUCAUUCAAGUUAUAUUUUGAGAUGAAUAUUGGUUUAGAAAACGACUGAACUGUGCUAUUUUAAUUCGUUUUUUUUUUUUUCUCCAAUUCGGCAACAUUGAGAGAUCAAGGUCUUACAUAUCAGAUGCAUGUAAUUUUUUUAAGAUUUAGACAGACGUGUAGGAUACAAAGCCUGAAUGUCACUGUUGUCUGGAAAACAAAAUAAAAGUUCUCACAAAUUAUAGA